AUGUCGAAUGGUAAUGAGGAAUAUGGUACAGACUCAUCUUCGGAUUACACCGAAUACUGGAUCGAUUUGUUCUUAGGUAUUAAGGGAAAUGAGUACUACUGUGAUAUUGAUGAUGAAUACAUUAGGGAUAGAUUUAAUUUGACCGGCUUGAACCAAGAAGUCAGUAGAGUGCCCACGUUGAUAGAUAUAAUAACGGAUAGUAUUGACAUAGAACUGCAGCCCGAAGAGCACAGGGAAGUUUUGGAACAUAAUUCUCGUAUCCUUUAUGGAUUGAUACAUGCCAGGUUCAUCUUGACCUCCAGGGGGUUGAACAAGAUGUUUGAAAAGUACAGAAAUGGUGAUUUUGGCUACUGUCCAAGGUUCCAUUGCCUGUUGCACCCUUUGUUACCAAUUGGGUUGCACGAUCAACCAAGAUUCGCUUCGGUCAAACUAUACUGUGCCAAGUGUGAAGAUUUGUAUAACCCAAAGUCAGGUAGGCAUGCAGUUGUUGACGGAGCUUACUUUGGUACAUCGUUCCCAGCGAUGUUCUUCCAGACUUUCCCACAAGUAAUCCCAAUACAUACCAAGGAUACAUACGUACCCAAGGUGUUUGGCUUCAAAUUGCAUGACUACUCUAAGCUUAAUAGAUGGCGAGAACUCCAGAGGGGGAAGUUGGAGAAGAGGUUGGUAAAACAGGGGAUCGAAAUCAAUAACGUCGUAGGGGGAUUCGUUGGCAAGAAUGAAGAAGAGGUUGAGGUUAAGAAGUAA